AUGUUGCUUGUUGUUUGCCUUGUUGAUUAUAAGCAUAUAGACAAAGUUCUUGAUAGGCAUAGUAAUGAAACUAUUGCAAAUAACCACUUAAAGUUGAAGACAUUUAUUGAUGCUAUUCGAUGGCUUGCAUUUCAAGCAUGUGCAUUUAGAGGCGACAAUGAAAGUUCUGAAUCUUUGAAUAGGGAAAAUUUUAUUGAGUUAAUUAAGCUUUUAGUUUUAUGUAAUCAGAAUGUUAAUAAUGUUGUCCUUAAAAAUGCUCCUGAAAAUGCUCAAUAUAUAUUUUUCGGUGUUCAAAAAGAUAUAUUGCAUAUCUUUGCUAGAAAAGUGGGUACAACAAUUCGAAAAGAAAUUGGUGAUUCUAAAUUUUGUAUAAUUAUUGAUGAAGUAAGAGAUGAGUCAAAACGAGAACAAAUAAAUUUCAUCAGUUUUUCUCGUCAUAAAUUUGAUGUUCAAAAUCUUAGGGGACAAGGGUAUGAUAGAGCUAGUAAUAUGCGUGGUGAAUGGAAUGGAUUGCAAGCUCUAUUUUUGAAAGAUUGCCCUUUUGCUUAUUACAUUCAUUGUCUUGCUCAUCGAUUACAAUUAGCACUUGUUUCUGCAACUAAAGAAUUAAAGGUUGCUCAAGCAAAUAAUGUUACAAACUUAAUUGCCAAUGAUCAAAUUGUAACAGGUAGUGGACUUAAUCAAAUUGGUACUUUGCAAAGAGUUGGAGAUACUAGAUGUGGCUCUCAUUUGAAUUCUGUAUAUAGCUUGCUAUGCAUGUUUGAUGCUACUUGUGAAGUUCUUGAAAAAAGCACUGAAGAAAGUAAUUUCUCCACUCGUGGUGAUGCUAGUGCUGCUUAUGAUGCUAUCACAUCCUUUGAAUUUAUCUUUGUUUUGCAUUUGAUGAGAAAUAUUUUGGAAGUUAGUCAUGAUCUUUGUCAAGCUUUGCAACGAAAAAAUCAAGACAUAUUGAAUGCUUUAAUUCUGGUUUCUACUACCAAAACUUUAAUCCAACGAAUGAGAGAAUCAAGUUGGGAGACUUUCAUAAACGAAGUUAUAUUAUUUUGUGAGAAACAUGACGUUGAAGUUCUUGAUAUGAAUGCAUUACAUAUUCCUAGAAGAGGCCGAACUCGCAAAAUUAUUGACCAAAUUUUAGUGGAUGAGCAUCAUUACCGUAUUAAUUUAUUUCUAGCUGUAAUUGAUACACAGUUGCAAGAGUUUAAUAGAAGAUUCAAUGAUAAUAUGGUGGAAUUGCUUACUUUAAAUUCAACUUUAGAUCCCAGAGAUCAUUAUAAGCUCUUCAAUGUCAACAAAGUAUGUGAAUUAGUAGAACGGCUUUAUCCAGGUGACUUCAGUGACCAAGAGAAAUUUCACAUUAGAAUGCAAACUCAACAUUAUGAAUUUGAUGUUCCUAAUCAUGUUGAGUUAACUAACUUGUGCACAAUUUCGGAGUUAUGUCAAGGAUUAACGAAGACAGGAAAGUCUUUAACAUAUCCUUUGAUUGAUCGUUUGAUUCGCUUGGUAUUAACUCUCCCUGUUUCAACUGCUACAACUGAGAGAUCUUUUUCAACUAUGAAUAUUGUGAAGAAUAGACUCAGAAACAAAAUAGCAGAUGAAUUUCUUGCUAAUUGUCUUUUGAUUUGA